AUGACAAGCACCCACCCCGACAAGCACCCAGACCACUAUCACACGACGACUACACGAAGACGUCGAGCACCCAUGACGGCGAGCAUUGUCCCUCCCCCAUUUCCUGUUCACAGUCAGAAUUUUUGGUUCGAGAUGGAGUCGAUUACGGAGAUUACGUCAGAGCCCUUGCUCGUUCUUCCCACAGAUGGCCAGAUUCCACAACAAUUGUCAAGGAUCAGAGACCCUUCCCAGCUCCAAACCCCACGGCCAGCUAGUCCUCCCGAGUUAGGGAUGUCAGAGAAUGUUGCAGGAGGCCCUCACCCCCCCCUCGACAAUGAUCACCUGCGCAUUCUGAUUACUUUAGAAGACAUUACCAACGGUCUCCCUCCCCACGCUGAUACGUGUUGCACAGGGAUGAACGUGAAAAAUAGUUCAAUAGAACAAUUCUCCAAUGUCGCGUCUUUCAUUUUCAAACGCAUCAGUUGUUUGAUGCACACAUCAGUCUUUGAUGCGUACGCGGGAACUGCCGUACAUGACUUUCUGAAUGGCCUAAUGCAAUUCUUCUCCCUGCGUUGGGUGUUUACUCUAGAACCUCUUCGUGCUCUAUUUCAUGUGUAUUUAUUAGAGAUGACCUUUAUCGGUAAAAUCGUUAAAAUUGAAUUUUAUACGGGUGAAAUGGUUUCAUCCAUAUCAACGCUAUCGGAACGUGUCCCCCUCAUGUCUCGAAUGACGGAACGGCUGUCUGCCAGGUUGAGCGACGCAGUGUCUUCUGAUCUAGCUACCAGGCUCUCGAAUCCUGCUCAGUGGACACUGGCUGAUCGAAUGUUGGAAGAUGCACCUAUGGGAAGCUCUGCCCCUCCUGGGGAGGCGCGGUAUGCGGUACAGCCUGCAACAGCCCCCUUAGUCACUCCAGAAGACCUGCAUCCUGCACAGAAUUCUAUGGAUGAGGAUCCCAUUGAUCUUGAGGACGAUAGGGAACCAGACUAUAAGAGGAUGAAGAGAGGACGUCAGAGUGGACAGAAAAUUGAGCUCUUUACACUCCUCCACCUAUUCCUACCGGACUCCUACUGGACUCCCAGAAUCCUACCGGACUGGACUAGGACUGGGACAAAUUUCAUGUUGGCUGAUCACCAUACAAAUUUUGUAUCCCAGUCCUAG